CAGGGGCGUGGCCUGCCGCUGCAGACUGUGGUGCAGUACUCCCGCCAGCUGUUCUCGGUGCUGCGCGUGCUGCGGCAGUGGGGGGUGAUCCACGGCGACCUGAAGCCAGACAACGUGCUCCUGUCCAUGUCGAAGAUGGAGAUCAAGGUCUGCGACUUCGGCAGUGCGUUCGAGGUUGCGGACCAGAUCAAGACCGCGUACAUGCAGCCGCGCUACUACCGCGCGCCCGAGGUCAUAGUUGGGCACACCUACGACACGCAGGUGGACCUGUGGAGCCUGGCCGUGACGCUCUUCGAGCUCGCCUCCGGCAAGAUCCUGUUCACCGGCAGGUCCAACAACGCCAUGCUGCGGCAGAUGCUCGAGGUGUGCGGCGCGUACCCGCGGAAGCUCGCCACCACUGGCGCCUUCUCCCGCAAGCACUUCAGCCCGGACGGUGAUUUCCUCUUCAAGGAGCCGAAUACCAUCAUUGGCGAAGAGGUGAUGCCGAUGAAGCGUUUCGCGCAGCCCAACAGGCCAAUUAGCAGCAUGCUGGAGAAGGUGCUGAAGGACGCCCCUCCCAACUCGGACGCCAAGACCCAGGAGAGGUUGCUACCCCGGCUGGCAGACCUGGUGACCAAGUGCCUUGUCUUGGACCCGGCCGAGAGGGCGACCCCGGAGCUCGCCCUGGAGCACUCCUUCUACAAGAAGGACAGGUGAGCUACGGCGCGGGGGCGGCGCUGCUGGAGUGCUCCACCAGCGAGGAGGGGGCCGGGCGUCGGGGCGCCGGCGGCGCCGGUGGAGGCGUGCAGCGGGAGCCCUGAGACGGGGGUCAAGUGGCAGCCGGCGACCCCCGCGCUGGGCCAGAGCGGCGCGUCUAAGGGCCCGCGAGCCGGCCGGCUGGCGCCCGCCGCCCCUCGGGGCGCCGGCGGACAGUUGUGCCUCCGCGGUGGCAAGAGCAUCCGCUUCCGCAGCACCGCGACCUAUCUCCACAUGUUCCGCCGUCUCUCUGAUCUCAUUGUGUUUUCUAUCGCGUUCAUGCUUGCACGAGUAUUGCAUGCAGUUCUGGAG